UCAUAGACAACAGCUGCCACAGAUGUUUCUCAGAAAUUGGUGUGGUUCACUUCCCAUCUAAACAAGCCCCUUCUGUCCCCCCUUUUUCUCUGGGAAAAAUGAAAGCAGAAGAAAAAGGAAGUGCAGUAAGCCAUUAUUUAGAUCUGGGAAUAAUGAAUGUUUAUCAGGAUUUUGUAACACAAAUUAUGUAAUGAAGCAGAGAAAAGGCUUUUGAACAAGUAUGUUAAUGAGAUGGCAGCUAAGGGAGAGGUUACAGAGCUGCCAAUUCUGAUACAAAUUUUUAAUGUGAUUUUCUUUUGGAUCAUUUUCUUUUGCGGUCAUUAGCCUGCACAGCAUUUGAAUGGGCUUUAGGGCACAAACUAUAUGGGAAACACCAAUUCUAGCUCAAGAAAGACUGAUCAGCAACAUUAACUGACUGAGAAAAUCCCACUGACUCAAAAUUCAGAAUGAGGGCUUUUAUGUAGAACAUUGUUGGGCACGGGGAUUGUGCCGAAAGGACUGUUCAUUCAGAGUCUUGAGAGCUUUUCCUGGAAAAAUAUCAGAUGCUCCACUGGGAACUUAGUUGAAAGCUACUCCUGAAGCAGGACAGUGGGCUGGCAGUAACUGGGAAGGACCGACUGGAGGGAAAAUGGAGAGCAAUGAAGGAGUGAAUGCUGGAACCAUUUUUUCAUUGGAGACAGGCCACAGGAAUUCAAGUUUUGGCCAAUUCCCCACUUUCUGCUAGACUUUGCACUGGUGUGAAGUGUGUUUCCUCUGUGUUGAGCAUGGCCCCGACGUGCCUGCAGCCCCUGCUGAGGUACCGCUCCUUCGCCAUCCUCUUCCUCACGCCGCUGCUGCUGCUGCCGCUGCCGCUCGUCGUGCCCACGAAGGAGGCCAGAUGUGCAUAUAUCAUCAUUAUCAUGGCUGUGUACUGGUGCACUGAAGUGAUCCCCCUGUCUGUCACCUCCCUCAUGCCAGUGGUAUUUUUCCCUCUGCUUGGAGUUCAGACCUCUAAAAAAGUGUGCUUGCAGUACCUAAAUAGCACAGUCAUGCUCUUCUUUGGAGGGCUGAUUGUCGCAAUUUCUGUUGAGCAGUGGAAUCUUCACAAAAGGAUUGCACUGAGGGUCCUUCUGAUUCUUGGGGUGAAACCUGCACUCCUGAUGCUGGGAUUUAUGUUAGUCACUGCCUUCUUGUCAAUGUGGAUAAGCAACACAGCCACCACUGCCAUGAUGGUUCCCAUUGUCCAAGCUGUCCUGGAUGAAUUGGACAUCACAGAGCAUGAGUUGACCACGGUGGAACCAGCAACUGGGCAAACAAAUACAGCGAUUGAGCUGGAGGAAAAGAGCAAAUCAGGGUCCACUGCAGUGAGUGGUGUAAGCAAUGAACAAGUCACUGAUGACCCCAAAUCUUCUGAGGAAACUAAAAGGCGGAAGAGUAUAUGCAAGGGAAUGACACUUUGUGUAUGCUAUGCUGCCAGCAUUGGAGGAACUGCAACACUUACCGGAACAGGACCAAAUGUGGUACUGAAAGGCCAGAUGAAUCAGUUAUACCCUGACAGUAAUGAUAUUGUGGACUUUGCUUCCUGGUUUGGAUUUUCAUUCCCAAACAUGGUCCUGAUGUUGACACUAGCUUGGCUUUGGUUACAGUGCUCCUUCAUGGGACUCAACAUAAAACAAAACUGGGGCUGUGGGACACAGAAAACUGACAAAGAAAAAGCUGCAUACAGUGUGCUGAAGGCAGAAAUGAAGAAGCUAGGCCCUAUGUCUUAUGCUGAAAUAAAUGUCCUCCUUUUGUUUAUAUUGCUGGUGCUCUUGUGGUUUUCCAGAAACCCAGGCUUUAUAAAAGGCUGGGCUAGCAUACUCUUCAAAGGAGGAGAAAAGUAUAUCACUGAUUCUGUUCCUGCUAUGUUUGUUGCCCUGUUACUGUUUGUCCUUCCUGCUCAUAAGCCCAAAUGCAUAGGCUGGAAUACAAGCACGUCUGACUCUGAACAGACUGAAGAAGAUAAGAAAAAGCAAUUUUUUUCACCCCCGCUGCUAGAAUGGAAUGUGGUUCAAAGGAAGAUGCCCUGGAACAUUGUGCUGCUGCUGGGAGGAGGUUUUGCUUUGGCUGAUGCAAGCGCAAACUCUGGGCUCUCAGCUUGGAUAGGUCGUCAGAUGACACCACUGGGAUCGAUCCCACCAUGGGCCAUUGCAUCAGUGAUCUCCUUUAUUACAGCUGUCUGCACUGAAUGCACCAGUAACACGGCCACAGCUACCCUCUUCCUGCCUGUCUUUUCAUCCCUGGCUGAAUCUAUCAGGAUCCACCCUUUGUAUGUUAUGCUGCCUGGUACUCUCAGUGCUUCAUUUGCCUUCAUGCUACCUGUUGCAACACCACCAAAUGCAAUAGUGUUUUCUUACGGCCACAUCCGUGUUUUGGAUAUGGUUAAAUCUGGACUAGUGUUGAACAUCAUUGGAGUCUGCUGUGUCUCCCUGGCCAUCAACACGUGGGGAAGGCCUAUGUUUCAGCUGGACACAUUCCCAGCCUGGGCAAACAGCACAAGAAAUCAGUGAGCUGUGAAGAAUUCGUGUGUUGAACUAGGAAAGUACCCUCAGUACUCCCUGUUGCCCACAGUCCUGUAUAAAGUCUCAUCACCACUUCAGAUCCAGUGUUGGGUGUUUGCUGCCUUCCAGCAGUCACACAGCAGUUCAAGUUUGAACCAACCCAAUCUUACUCCAGUUGUGCUGGAGCCAAAAGUGCUUGCAAUUAUACAACCUCUCUGUCAGGAUCAUAAGUAUGUUCAAGUGAUCCAUUGUACCUCCAAUCAAGGUCAAGGAUUAGGAUUUAUCAAACUUUCAAUGAAGAGAGAGGAGGCUGUUGUAUCAAAUGGUUUGAACUAUUAUAUCACUGGUAUGUACUUGUAUAUCAUUAGCAUUGAAUAUUGCACUCA